UAUUCAUCAACUCCCAAAUGUAUCAGUUUUAUUCAGUUUUAAUUACCGUUUUCGUGUUCCCUUUAGUUGAAAACAAAGUAAUCGAUUUGUACGAAAUAUGCGAUCAACAUUACGCGAAACGUGUCUACUUGGAAUUUUCCGAAAGAGGCACUUUGAUCGCGGAUUCUAAAAAGUCUGAAUUGGAGUCCCACAUUGUUGAUAACAAUUUUGGUGUCCAUAAAAAAUGCAGUGUUGAAUUUAUUACAUGUCCUUCAUGUAUCAUCAACAUCAAAUUCAAAUACUUGAAUAUUUCGAGAACUUGUGGAAGGGCAACAGUGUAUGACGGAUGCGGCUGUGAUUAUGUUUGGAUCUACGAGCCGCCCUUUGAGGAGGUUUCAGGCGAGCAAUUUUGCGGCCGAUUCCUGGACAACUCCACCGGUUCUUUGAGUUACGUUAGUCAAACCAAAAACGUCGCGGUUACUUUCAUUUACAGCACCGAAUACAAUCACGCCUUCACAUUGGAUUUCGCAUCGGAAAGAAACAGAAUCGUUUACAACGGCUAUCCGAAAUUACCUAACAUGAACAACGCUAGUCAAAUUUUAACGUCACCUUUUUUCCCUUAUUACUAUCCGAGCGAUUUAAGUAUGGAACACGUGAUUAAUUGUGAGACAACAGAAAUGUGUAGGAUCAGUUUGGUUUUCAGCGAUUUUCAGCUCGCCAGGUCCUCUAUUAUAGAGUUUUUCGAUUGGAAUGGACAAAGGAUGUUUGUGACCGACGGUGACAUCUUCAGACCUCCAGUUAUAGUUAGUAGUGGACCAUCUUUAACCAUCAGGUUCUACGCCAACGGAGCUUUUAAUUAUGGCUUCAAAGCUAGCUAUUCAUUUUUACUGGGCAAUUUGAAUGAUAUGACCUUUAAACCUGACACUGGAUGUGGCGGUUAUGUCAAUAAUUUGGGAGGAGGUAUCACGAUGAUGAAGAUGGUGCAAGAAGGAACCAAGUAUUUCGAUUGUGUUUGGAUUAUUACUCCUCCUUCUACAACUUUGCAUUUAAAAACUCAUUUGUAUGUAAAGGUUGUGACAUUUAAUGAUUUUGUAGGCCCAACAGAGUUGAUAAUUCGCCAAGGUUUAACAUCUAAUGAACCUGCAGUAGAGUCAAUAAAACAAUCUUUGUCAUAUUUUACAACUGCUAAAGAAAAAGAACAUGUGGUUCCAAUAAAACAGGGCUUCUAUAUUAGCUUAAAAGGCUUUUUCAGACGUGAGUCUCGGCUCGCUAUGGUUUAUGCAGCUUUUAAUUACAAAGAUUGUUAUGCUGGUUCGGAUUUUUUGUGCAGCAAUUUUCGUUGCAUCUCUGUUUUGUUGAACUGUGACGGUUUCGACCAUUGUGGAGACAACAGCGAUGAAUCUACAACAUGUUCUGAAAGCCCAAAAGAUCGUCGCUAUCGAUCUAACACACCAAACUUCUUUUUUCCAAAAGUCGAACAUUACUCAGAUGUUUCAACUGCUACAAUGAUCUUUCUAAUUUGCGGUUUUGGGUUGAUUGGGGUCAUUGUGUCUUUAGCUCUUCUUCUGUACAGAGUGAACAUGAGAGCGAGACAUCAACGACGAAUACAAGAUCACAUUGAAACAAUCCACGCGAUCCUAGAGGAAAGCGUGGGAGAAGUAGAGGAAGAAAUAAUAAUUCCAGACGAUCCUCCAGACUAUGAAGCACCUCCAGAAUAUAUGGAUGUGAUCAAAAGGAAAAGAGCUAAAAAAUGUAACCGAUGUUCCUCAAGUUCUAUCUCUGUCUCAAAUUCUGCCCAAGAGACUUGCACUAUAACCAUAGCGAAUAGUAGCAAAAGUUGCCAGACGACACCUCUUCCUACUUCGCCGCCUCCUCCAUAUUUAAACGAUAGAAAGGAUAGGGAAGAAGAACAAGAAAGAGGUGAAUGUUCCCAAGGAGGUUCCUCUUUGGUGAAGCCGUUGUUUUCAGUUUGUCUGGACCAUAUUAGAAAUGUUUUUAGUUGGAACGAGCUUGAGGUAUCAUUAAGGCACAGUUUUAGGUAUUACAAGUCGAAACGUUUUGCUAAAAAUGUUAUGCCGAUAAAAUGUGCGUCUGAUAGUGAUUUGCGAUACAUUUGUGAUUAUGAUAUGGAUAAUUAUUGGCCGAGAAAUGAGAAUAGCGCAUUCACUAAAAGUUUUUCUAGUGAUGAUAUUAAUGGGCUUUGUCAAGGUUUACAAAACGAUGCUUUUUAGUGUCAUUUUAAACGUAAUAAUGUACUGUGAUUGUAGUAAAUAAAAAGUAGUUUACUGAAAAA